AUGCUUAUGACGCAGACCGCAGUCUCCGCACUUUCUCAGGGUCAGCAGAACAAUUCCUACGCUACACGCGGUCAGCCUGCGACCGACGGCUUCGGCUUCGACGCAACACCAUCCAAAGACUCGACCGGCCAGGCGUUGGUCGACGUGCAACCGCAGCAACAAUACCAAAAUACCAACUACUCCUUCCAACCCUACGCCAUGAACGGAAUCGUGGGUACGGCACCCCCGGGUGCCAUGUACGUCCGUGCCCUCUACGAUUACGAGGCCGACGACAGGACGAGCCUGAGCUUUCACGAGGGAGAUGUCAUACAGGUCAUCACACAGUUGGAAAGCGGCUGGUGGGACGGCGUCAUCAACGGCGUCCGAGGCUGGUUCCCGAGCAACUACUGCCAGAUCAUCACGAGCCCAGACGACCUCCCCGACUCCGAGCAGCAAGACAAUGCCUUUGGCGAACAAGUAGACGAAGACAUCGAUGAAGACCCGUACGACGAUAACGACGAGGCCGACAUGUCGGAACUGGAGGAAUUGCCGCUGGAAGGCACAAGUGCUGGCGGUAUGUCCAAGGCAGACUAUUGGAUCCCGCAGGCCACCCCUGACGGCCGCCUCUUCUACUACAACACCAUGACAGGGGAGAGCAGCUCCGAGCUGCCCCUGGAGUCGCCAUCAUCCGCCACCGAGGCUGGGCCACGAGACCGCAUGAACGUCAACAUACCCGACAGGACCAGGCCGCCCCCAGAGAUGAUGGCCAGGGGCCUGACCCAGGAUGAGGAUGAGGAUUCCGAGGCAACUUCCGCGUCUGAACUCGAGGGCGAGAACCUCAUGUUUGGUCGCAUGGCUAGAAAUAGGCGGUCUAUGAGCAAGGACGGCAUAUCUCCUGCGCCAUCACUGGACUCCAUCCAUGGCCAAUACUCAUUUGGCAAGGGCAAUGGAGCUCCAGCUGGGACGCGAACAACAGACUCGGCGCCGACGUUCACUGCUGGUGCAACCUUCAACCUCCCGACGGCCGCAACUAUCCCCCGCUCAUUCUUCGAUGAUGGGCAGACACCCCCUCUUACUUGGAGCCGACUAGUGUCCAACAUGAAGAAAGCGAUUGAUCGCUAUCGCGAGGCGAUCAACAACGGCAAUAAAUCAGAAUAUGUAAGCCGAGCAGAAGACAUCUCGGAUCACUUGCGACUACUUCUGGCGGCCGGCUCCGGCACGACAGACAACCACUCUGGGCAACCUUCUAUCAUCUCCACGAACAAAGCGCUGUACCCGCACUUCCGCGACAUGAUGUCCAAAUUCUCCAAGCUUGUCGUCUCGUCCCACAUUGCUGCUAGUGAUUUCCCGGCCCCCGAGUCCGGUCCAAAGUGUCUUCAAGAAGCCGACGGGGUCUUGCUCGGUGUUUUCUCUUAUGUGGAGGUCGCAAGGCAGCAACGAGGAGAAGAGAUUCCCCGCCUGUUCCCCGGUUUUGUAAUAGGAAGCACAACUGGAGGCAGCUGGCAAAACAACGGGUUAGGCCCUCGCGACCCCAUCACAUCAAAUUUCCUGGAGGAUGAGGAAGGUGUAAUAGAGCCCACGGCGAUACUUGACGGCAAGCUCCUGGAACGACUGGACGAACUUAAGCGCAUGCUGGUCUCCGGGAUUCGCGAGCUGGACAAGCAACUAGUGGUGCCAGACAAGAUUGUUACGCCGUACAAGCACGAGAUUGUUAGCAACAAUGUCUGCUCUGCCGGAGGGAAAGUGAUUGAAAACUUUAAACCCUGGAUAGCCAUGAUCGAAUCUAUCGACCUCUCCUCGCUGGAGAAUAGUUUCCAGACCCCUCAGCUUACCGAUUUCAGCAUCAACAAGCAAAGCCUCUACGACAACAUAUCCGACCUGAUCCUGGGCUGCCAGUCUGUUGCAGGGCCGCUUGCCGAUGAAUGGGCCGAGGUUCGCGGAGAGGCAUUGGAGAACAGACUCGAAUACGUCAGGCAAUGUGCCCGGGCUCUCGAGACCAAUUCAUCCCACAUCGGCUUCUCACUGCAACUGUUGUCGGAGCAGGUCCAGAUCAACCUUCAACAGCAGGCCGAAACUCGCGCUAGGGAGGAGCAACUUCAGCGACAGCAGUUGACUCGAGGAGAGACAAUGGCCUACGGAGCGCAUGGGCGGACAGACUCACGCAUAGCAACACGACCACCUUUGAUGACUUCUCAAUCCUACACUGAAGGCGACUCCAACAUUGCGAACAACUUGGCUAGAGGGGCCGGAACAUACUCCAAAGUCAAAAAGAUAUUUGGUGAAGACCCCACGCCCCAACAGACGGUAAUGGACGAGACACCAGAUUACCUGCGACUGGAAUACGAGCAUGAGCUUGCAUGGGACUUCAAAACGUCACCCCCUACUCUCAGGGGAGGGUCUCUGAUGGCCUUGGUGGAACAGCUCACUCGACAUGAUAAACUCGACUCAAAUUUCAACAACACCUUCCUUCUCACUUACCGAUCUUUCACAACCGCUCGAGAACUUUUCGAGCUGCUAGUACACAGAUUCGGCAUCCAACCACCUGAAGGACUGUCGCCAUCCGACUUUGAGAAUUGGCGAGAGAGAAAACAGAGUCCAAUCCGGUUCCGCGUGGUCAACAUCCUGAAGAACUGGUUCGAGACUUUCUGGAUGGAGGAUAACCAAGAAGAAGACACAAAAACGUUGAUACGUGACGUAUACAACUUUGCAAGGGACACAGUCAAGUCGACAGAAACUCCUGGCUCAGCACCACUCAUGGCUGUUCUGGACCAACGAUUGAGUGGUAAGGAUGUUGGCAGGAGACUGAUCCAAACACAAAGUCAACCAACACCCGCACCGAUCAUGCCGAAGAACAUGAAGAAGCUAAAGUUCCUCGACAUCGACCCUACAGAGUUCGCCCGUCAGCUCACAAUUAUUGAGUCGCGAUUAUAUGGCAAGAUCAAGCCCACGGAAUGCCUCAACAAACGAUUCCAGAAGAAGACGGUCGAGGGGCAGCCACCUCCGGCCCCGAACAUCAAAGCACUCAUUGACCACUCCAACCAAAUGACCAACUGGGUAGCUGAAAUGAUCUUGGCUCAAUCCGACGUUAAGAAGCGUGUGGUCGUCAUUAAACACUUUGUUUCGGUCGCCGACAAAUGCCGGCAAUUGAACAACUUCUCCACCAUCACAUCAAUCAUCUCAGCACUGGGCACUGCGCCUAUUGCCCGUCUGAAGAGGACCUGGGAUCAGGUUCCUCAAAAGUCCCAGGCCGUGCUUGAAGCGCUACGAAAGCUGAUGCUUAGCACGAAGAACUUCGCUGAGUACAGAGAGAGCCUGCACAUGGCAAAUCCUCCAUGCAUUCCUUUCUUCGGUGUCUACUUGACGGAUUUAACCUUCAUUGAAGACGGUAUUCCGUCCAUCAUCAAGAAGACCACGCUCAUCAACUUCGCCAAGCGGGCAAAGACGGCCGAUGUGAUCCGUGACAUCCAGCAGUAUCAAAAUGUGCCAUACUCCCUUCAAGCGGUCACAGAGCUGCAAGACUACAUUUUGAGCAACAUGCAAGCCGCCGGAGACGUGCAUGAGAUGUACGACAAGAGUCUGCUGAUAGAACCACGUGAGAGAGAGGACGAGAAAAUUGUUAGGUAUGUGGAAAUGCGGGAGCAACAAAUAACCUACGGACGCAUGGCUCUGGCGGGCGGCUUCUGA